AGCUCGUCGGUGCUGGUGGAUGGAUGGGACUUCACCUCCCUCCCCAUGUCAGUGUCGUCGAGCCCACACUCGCCUGCCGCCGACCCCCGACGCGCGCCAUGCCUUCAAGAUUUGGGCGGGCGCGAGGACUAGUGGCUGAGUGGCGCGCCGGAAUGGCAGCCCUGCUACGAUUUGUUCGCGGGAAACCUGAGCGCGACGGUGCUGCCGUCGUCUUCUGCUCAUCGUCUUCAUCGAUUGGUACGUUCUACGCUACUCGCCUUUGUGCACUCGCUGACAACAACUUUCUCGCCGCCUCUCGCCGGAGCUUCAACGCUCGCCUCCUCUCCUCAACGCCGCCCCCGACUACCGCUCCCGCCUAAGGUGCUCUCGCAGGUCCCUACUUUCGCUGUACCCGAUGCUGGCGUUCGUGCUCCUGGUCGCUCUUGCCUCAUUGUUGCUGCGCUCGAUGUACUCGGUGGUGGUCCUUGCAUUCAGUGUUCUGUAGCGUCUGUAUCUUAUGAAAUGUCUAUUUCAUCGUAUUCUAUCUAUCUGCUCGCUGCCCCUCGGGACUAA